ACUGGUGGUGGUGGUAGACUGUUUUGUUUUGUCUGUUGUCCGUUGUCUAUACUGUAUAUUUCGGAUUGUAGUUUGCUAAUUUGUGUUUAGAAUUUAUGGAAUCAGAUAGUUCGAAAUCUGACAAAAUGUUUUCUUUAAAAAAGUGGAAUGCUGUUGCUAUGUGGAGCUGGGACGUAGAAUGUGAUACUUGUGCCAUUUGUCGUGUUCAAGUGAUGGAUGCUUGUCUACGCUGUCAAGCAGAGAGCAAGCAAGACACGAGGUACGGCAGACAAGACUGUGUCGUGGUGUGGGGAGAGUGUAACCACAGUUUCCACUACUGCUGCAUGUCGCUGUGGGUCAAGCAGAACAAUCGCUGUCCCCUCUGCCAGCAAGAAUGGUCCAUCCAGCGCAUGGGCAAGUAGCCCACAGCAAAUAUGUUUUGUGUCAUGUUGGUAAUAAAAUUGUUUUCAAUGUA